AUGGCUGCAAAAUCUCAACGAAAGAUUGAAGUGUUUGGAACAUCCAUCAUGUCAUCCAACAAAAUUCGAUCAAACCACGAUAAAGCGACCAGGAUCCUCUCACAAGCAAAGCUCACGUUCGAAUUCUUCGAUAUUGCCUCUAGCGAAGAGGAGAAGUUGCGGUAUAAAAAACUUGUUGCUUCAAACCAUGUCAAAUCCCCCGAGCUACCGUUUAUUAUCAGUGGAGGAGAGGCCGUGGGAACUGUGGAACAGCUCGAAGAAGCUGUCGAGUACGGCGAGUUGCGACAAUUCCUGCUCCUUGAAAAACCAAUGGGCCAAUCUGAAGACGAUGAAUUGCUUGCUCAACUCUCGGCAGCGGAGCUUAAGGAACUGGGCGUCGAUAUGGCAGCUCCAUCUCAUCCAGCUGCACAGAGAGUUGCAAACGAAGUUCAAGUUCUUUCUGGUCAAGGAAAUGUCGAAAAUCCCAUUGAACCCGCUCCAACACCCCACGUACCUGUAGCUGCAAAAGGGAAGCCUGAUACUCCAGCGCUUGACCAAGCUCAAGGAGAUGCGUUAUUGAGUCAAAUGAUCGGCAAAGACGAAGUACAACUGAAGAAGGAGCAAGAUUCACAAAAUCUCAAAAGCGACGUCGAAGCAAAGAAUGCUGAGAACGAUCUUCCCUCAUUGGCUAACACUGCUUCCUCGAUCAACGAUACGAUUCAAGAGAAGAUCGAGAAAAAUCCCACCCCAGCCGUACUGGCCGAGUAGCCAGAAUCGGCCUCUCUUGCCUUCUUCACGGACAACUAUGAGCCUAUUUAUCACAUCGGUUCCUCAUGUCUCGAGAAUCGCAACUGUAAAAUGGUCGGCAAGAUAAUCGCCCGGAGAACAGCCAGAUCCACACAGCGACUUCCUUUAAAAAUAUAUAAUCUUAAUCACAUUCGGUUUCCUUCAGCAGCAAUCAGCAUUUAUGUCUUCAGACAAAUUGAAAUCAUCAUCCAUCCUUUUAGUUAUCUGUACAUAUGGACGCAUGUCCCGAUCACCGUGAAAGUGGACAACGGUAUCCGAUCAUUGGAAUUCAGGUAUCCAAGUUCCCUUCGCGUAUACACAUAUAGUUAUCUGAAGGUGUCACUUGGACCGAGGCAUCCUCGCAUUUCCCAUCAUAUUUAGCCUUAGUGAAACCCUUUGCUGUUCAUACCUCCAUGUUUACAGAAUCCCAUCAGAUCCUAGUCGGAUGUCGGGGUUGAAUGACAUGAAGGGGCGCUUGCUUUUACC